GAAAUGUGAAUAUCGGUAUUGAUAAUUUAGGUUAGUAAUAUAAAUAAAUUGCUUAUUACCAGUUCUGUAUUAGUUUAUUUACUCGAUUACCCGUAGUUACAAUGAAUAAUUUCUUGAAGAACUUAUGCAUUAUUGGUUUAAAAUCAAACCAAUUAAAAAGUAUACACACCAGUGCGCCAGCUUUAGCCUGGUCUAAAACUGACAAUAAACCGAAAAGAUUUUUGCGGCACAAUAAUAAAAUAUAUCCUCCUCAAUCACCUGAUGAAGAACCUAGGCCUGCAUUUGUAUGUGUUCAAAAAACCAAUAUAAAGUAUAGCCCAGAAAAGUUGUGGUACAUUGCCAGUUUUGUCAGAGGUAUGACAGUUGAUGAAGCUAUAAAACAACUCAGUUUUGUACCAAAAAAGGGAGCAAUAUUUGUUAAAGAAGCCAUACUUGAAGCUCAAGAACUAGCUGUAAAAGAACACAAUGUGGAAUUUAGAAGCAAUUUGUGGGUUGCUGAAUCUUUUUCUGGUAAGGGAAUGGUAAUCAAGGGAAUAAGAAGACAUGCCAGAGGUCGUAUGGGUGAAGUGAGGUACCAGUUCAGUCACUAUUUUGUGAGGUUGGAGGAGGGGAAACCACCAGUAGAUUAUUACAAGAGAAAUCCACAAACACCACAACAACAACUUGCUAAUUGGCUGGAACAAAUGAGGAAGAGAAAGAUUAUAAAUUCAUAUUAAGUUGUACAUCAUUU